CUUUCCUUCUGCACUUCCGGCGGCGAGAGCAAGGUGGAGGUCGACAUUUUGUCCGGCGAGUAACAUUUCCCCUUGGGCUCGACAUGUUCUCAGCGCUGCAGAAAGUGGGCGCUUUCGCGCCGGCCUGCACCCAGGCCCGUAACAUGGCAACCCUCAAAGACAUCCGGAUGCGUUUGAAGUCCGUCAAGAACAUCCAGAAGAUCACGCAAAGUAUGAAGAUGGUGUCCGCUGCAAAGUACGCCCGUGCCGAGCGUGACCUCAAGCAGGUCCGACCGUACGGCGAAGGGGCGCAGGCCUUCUACGAGGCGGCCGAGAUCAAGCCGCCGGAGGGAAAACAGAAGACGUUGAUCAUCGCCAUGUCGUCGGACCGUGGCCUCUGCGGCGCUAUCCAUUCGAGCGUCGCCAAACGCAUCCGAACCAUGAUGCAGGAGGAUCCCCAGCUGCACGAGAACGCUCGCAUCAUCUGCGUCGGCGAUAAGGUACGGGCUAUUCUUCAACGGCUCUACAGCGACAACAUCCUUCUGAGCUUCUCAGACUUUGGCAAGAAGCCGCCCAUCUUUGAUGAUGCUGUGAAAGUGGCCAAUGCAAUCCUCGGCUGUGAAUACGAGUUUGACAAGGGGAUCCUGCUGUUUAACCGCUUCAAGUCGGUGGUGUCGUACACGACAACCGACAUUCCAGUCUUCAGCCUCGAUACUGUGACUGGCAGUGAAAAGAUCACAUUGUACGACAGUCUAGAUGCCGACGUUCUCAAAUGCUACCAAGAGUAUUCACUGGCCAGCCUCAUUUACUAUGUGAUGAAGGAGAACUCGUGCAGCGAACAGAGCGCGCGGAUGACUGCCAUGGACGGCGCAACCAAGAAUGCCGGCGAAAUGAUCGACAAGCUCACAUUGACCUUCAACAGGACCAGGCAAGCGGUCAUCACCAAGGAGCUGAUCGAAAUCAUCUCCGGUGCAGCCGCCUUGUAGAUGCUACCACACUGCCAGCCUCUCUCCCUUCCCCUGGGAGACUGAUGGCGUGUCCGCUGAGGAUGCCACGGAAAACAUGCUACUGCCGCCAUUUUGUUUGUCAGGAGAGGCUGUAAUCUUGUUCAGUACAGAAUAGGAAAAUACAAAAAAUGAAACUGU